AUGGCAUCUGAAACUCCUAAAGAUGUGUUUAUGGCUUUCAUACGAGAGUCUUACAAUCCAUGUGGCUCUGAGGAAACAAUUGGUGGCCUGAAGACAUACGUUACCGGCCGACGGGAUGCCACAGUAGGUGUAGUUGAUGUCUACGAUGUCUUCGGCAUAUCGAACCAUACCCAGCAAGGCGCAGACCUAGUCGCCUCCGUCCCCGACUUACUGAAGGGCACCUAUGCAAAGCCGGAAUGGUUCCCUCUCAACUCAGAUGAGAAACGUGCUCAGUUCUUUGGGCUCCUGAAGGGUUACGCAGCGCCGCAUAAAUUUGUUGAUCCAUCGUUGGAGUUUAUGCGACAUGUACGGAGCCGGUUUCCGAUAGUGACGAAAUGGGGGUCGUUUGGAUUGUGUUGGGGUGGAAAGGGUGAGACUUAUCCCUACUCUUUCACCCCAAACGAUCCUAGAAGUGACCCAGUUGAUGUUUUUAGCAUGCUGGACCCCGCCGAAGCGAAAAAAAUAACAAUCUUUCAUCUGGUGAUGGCAUCGAAGGAUGAGCCAAGCGAGGCGGUUGCAGACUUCAAGACGGUUAUUGAGGAAAAUGGUAUCGGCAGAUAUCUGCCCACGUACACCACAAUGCAUCACAGCUGGCCGGGAUUGAAGGCCAAUUUGGUUGAGGAAGGCACAUUUGUGGGAUAUAGACAAGGCUAA